AUGUAUGGAGAUCGAAUCUGUCGUCAUGUUAUUGUGCUGCUUUCAGACCAUGGAUGUCCAGUCAUUGCAACUUCUUUCAUGCCUGUUGAUCCUCAAAAUCACACUUUGUCAGAAUGCCGCUUUUACUCUGAAGUUGAUCGCAAAACGUCUUUCAUGUCGCCAGAUUCGUCAGUUCUUGCUGAAACAAUGAGCAAAUGCACGGACAUCGUGGCGGAGUAUCAAACGCUUGACGAGUCGUUGGUGGGAAAUGUACUGCUUCUUGCUGGAGAGCUAAUCAGGUCACACAAUAUGAGAACGAAUAUGCUUCUGCAAUCCCAUUGCUGA